AUGGACGUGAAGAAUAUGAGAAAUGAAUUCAUUCUCGAAGAAGAAGUUAACGUCUUUGAUGAAUACAAAUCAUACAUAAGUGAUAGUAACAACAACCACAGAAAUGAAAAAAAAGUGUCAAGGCAAUCAAGUAAAAAUUACAAUGAGGAGGAGGAAGAAGAGGAUGACGAUAAUAAACACAGGAAGGAUAAAACAAAUUCUCGUACAGUUGAGGAUGGCCAACAGGGAGGGAAGACAAGCCGAGCGGACCACCCAAGGGGGAAGGAUCAGGAAAAUGUAACCAAUGCGCACGGUGCGAAAGGUACAGACGAUGUGGACGGUGUGGACGAUUUGGAAGCGGCCACCCACACCAAUGACGAUGAUAGUAAUUUAAAGGCACCCGAAAUAAAAUCUCCAUCGGGCAAACUUCCAUCCGGAAGGGCACAAAGUAAAGCCAUGUCUGUGAAGGACAAAAUGAGAGAAGACCCAUGUUAUGUCCCAAAGGAAUCAAGAUAUUUCCUACACGAUAACAGAUUUGAAAAUAAUGAUAGUAAAGGCAAGAAAAAAGGCAAUGAGAGAAAAAAAACAGGAAACAGUAAAAUUUCAUACAUUGAUGAAAAAAGGUGGAAGCACGAUCUUUUUUAUGAUUAUAAAUACGAUGAAUAUUAUGGGAAGGAAAGGAAUCACAACAAAAAAUACAGCAAUGGAAUAUAUAGCAAUGGCAUGUAUAGUAAUGGUAUGUAUAGUAAUGGCAUGUACAGUAAUAGGUAUUAUGGAUCCAAAAACAACAAACAGGAAAAGAACAGCUAUUCCUUAUCCUAUAAAAAUAGUAGCAAGGAUAAUUACUACUAUGAAAGUAGCCGGGGGAAAAAUUCCAAGGUUUUUAACUACAGUAGUAAGUACCAUAGUGAAUCCACCAAAGGGAAAGUACCAAAUGGGAAAUGGGACAACAGAACAAACGGCAUAUAUGAGAAGAAGCAAUUGGAUUUGUGUGAUGAUAAAGCCAAGGUGGAUAAGUUCAUCGAGAAGGGUGAUUUAGGAAGGACUGAAGAAGACGCAGGGGGAGGUGGUGCUGAUCGUGGCCAACGUGAAGAUCGCGGCCAACCUGGUGAUCGCGGUGAUCGUGGCCAACGUGAUGAUCGCGGCCAACGUGAUGAUCGCGGCCAACGUGAUGAUCGCGGCCAACGUGAUGAUCGCGGCCAACGUGAUGAUCGCGGCCAACGUGAUGAUCGCGGCCAACGUGAUGAUCGCGGCCAACGUGAUGAUCGCGGCCAACGUGAUGAUCGCGGCCAACGUGAUGAUCGUGGUGGCCGUGCGCAGCCCAUUUUGGGCGCACCCCCAGAUGAGGAGGCCUCCCCCGCAUCGGUCGCUUAUGGACAGAUGAACAAUUCCGAAAAGAUAACGAAGAAACAGAUGCUCUCCAAGAGAUGCAAAAAUGAAAAGGACGAGAUGAAUCCAAGUGAAAAUAGCAAGCCAGUUGAUGACGAGGCUGAUGGAGUAGCCAAAGUCGUUGAUGUGCAUGCCCAAGAUGGAGCACCUGCAACCAAUGAUGCAGGUGAACGGGGUGAAGCGUCGUCAAAGAGCAAUAAGGAAGGACAACGAAAAGGUCGUCAAGAUGAAGUUAAGGCACAGAAGGUAGUGAACAGGGGUGCACACGAAAACGAUGGCAUGAGGGAAGACAAGAGGGAGGAUAUUCUCAUCGCUAAUAAUAAGGAGGACGGGGAGGAGGAGAAGGCGAAGGGGAAGGAGGAGCCAAGUCAAACCCAAAGCAAUCCUCUAAGCAUAAAAAAAACGGACGGGAAGGAAAAAAAAGAAUUCGCAAAGGCACCUCAAAACAGCUCUGAAGGAAGGAAAUACGUAGCGCCCUACAAAUCCAAGAUGAGUUACAGCAACAGUAAUAAUAACCAAAUAAUGAACGACCGAGGAGCAUCGAGCAAAUACCAAGGAUCACGAUUCGUCUAUUCGAAGGACGAAAGCUAUGCCUCCCAAUCUAGUUUAAAAAAGAAAUACAAUGAUAGGAGGAACUACAUGUAUGAUGAUAAUUACAACAACGCCAGUUCAUACGCACAUGCAAAUAGUGGCAACGCAGACUACGCAAGGAAUGCGUAUGCCACGAAGAACAAAUAUGCCAGAUCCCCCUCAGGCGCUAAUGCCCCCUCCAAUGUUGUCUCCAGGAACAACUGCUCCAACAGUUACAGUAACAGUAAUGGCCACGCCGGAAUUGGCAAUUAUAGCAGAAACUACCGCCACGCAUAUAAUGACAGUGAGAGAAAAGGCGCAGAUAAACCACACAAUGAUGAACACACCCGUGCUAGGAACUACAACCCUGGUGGUAGGGCUUAUCUUAGGGAUAACAGAACCUCGAUAGAGAGGGAGAAAAAUGAAUACAAGUACAGGUCCUCCGGGAAGUAUAUAAAAAGUACCAGCAGUAACACAGAGGAAUUUAAGAAAAAGAGCGAAAUAAAAAGUGAAAUGAAAAGCGAAUUGAAGAGCGAAAGGAAAAAUGAAAUGAAAAGCGAAUUGAAGAGCGAGAGGAAAAGUGAAAUGAAAAGUGAAUUGAAGAGCGAAAGGAAAAGCGAAAGGAAAAGCGAAAUGAAGAGGGAAAAUAGUGCACAACAUAUUGGGGAGGACGAAACUGCGAAGAAGAAUGAGAAGUAUGCCAAUAAGGAAAACACUGCAGAUAAAUCAUCCAGAUAUUUACCCCCAGGAAAAGGAGUUAUGGAUGAGAAAGAAGCUGGCGUUAAAUACCAAAGCAGCCAUGACGAACAUGCGAAGGAAAACGAUACAGGAAGGGGAAGUUAUAUAAAAAAAAAAAAAGAGAGCAGUAUGAGAACUUAUGAUCCCACAGAUAGUUAUAGAGAAAAGGGAAAACAGGACAAGGCCGAUGAUAAGUUCUAUUAUGAAAAUGAAAAAAACGAAAGGAAGUGGGAUGAUCAUAAUAAUAAUAGGUAUUACAAAGAGAGUAAGAAGGAGUGGGAGAAAUAUAUGUCAAAUGGGAAGAUUUUCAAGCAAGGGAAAUACGGAAAUGACACAAAGUAUGGAAAGAGCUACAUUGGUAAGGUAACGGACAGGAGAACCCGAGCUCAUGAUGGCAGUAGCAGUGUAAGUGGCAUGGUGGACCAUAUCAACCCCAACUCCAUCAGUGAAAAGGAUGCUACAAAUCUGUUAAGUAACGGUAGGAUUCCUCGUGAUGAUACAAAAUUGGUGCUUACCGAAGACGGGGGCAGAAUCAAGGCCCCCAAGGGCAAGGAACAAAACAACGGUGGAAAAUUCCAGGAUCAUAGAAGGGGUGAUAAGGAGAUUAAGGAAGAUCAAAUUAACCAUGGCAUUGUGCAUGGUGAUGAAAAUAAUAAGGUGAUCGUCCAGGACGGUGAUGAAGCCAAGUUCUCCGAGCCGAACAAAUGCGAACCGAAGAACACGAAACCCAGUCACAAGUGGGAAACGACGGAUGAAAAAAACCCUAACCAUGAGAAGGACGAAAACAAGACUGAGUCAAGCACAAACGGAAAGGUAACUAUAACAUCCACUCCAUCCCUGGAUAAGAGCAAAAAGGCGAAUAACAAUUUUACACCUUAUGGAAAUGCAUUCCCCCCCCAAAAAAAUAGAAACCAACAAAGUUAUGACACGAACAAUGAAUACAGUAGCAACAAUAUUAAUACGAACGACCCGAACGGUGCGAACACGAUGAAUGCAUUCACAAACAGUGGCGUCUCGAACAAUGCCGUUUCGAACAAUGCAGUGUCGAACAAUGCAGUGUCGAACAAUGCAGUGUCGAACAAUGCAGUGUCGAAGCAAUACGCACACAAGGGGACAUAUACAAAUAUGAAAAAGAAAAAAAAAGAAGAUUUUGUUAAUAACGCAACUCAGCAUAGAGGAGGAGUGACUUCAACAGGGGGGGGAAAUGAAUUCUCCAACGGGAAAACCUUCAAUUAUAAGAAGUGCCAUGACGAGCAUAGUAGUACCAAUAUGGUUAGCAACACUCAGGUACCGUUCGGAGAAGGCAGAAAGAAUGUCACAGGCCCGCAUGAUGUGAACAAGAAAUUUCAAUCAAAUGAAAAACGCUACGAUGGAUAUACAAAUGGAGAGAAAAACUAUAAUGGUAAUUUUCCAAAUAAUGCCAAUCCAGGAUAUGGAGGCGCGUACGGAUACGAUGGUAAUUGUGUUUCAAAUGGCAAUGUCAAUGGUAACUGCAACGGGAGCGGAAAUUUCUACUACCCGGAAGGUUUUUACCCCCCUGGUGGCGCCAACUACAUGGGAGAUAACCCAGCUUUCUUUGGUGACAAUCGUUACAUGAACCACCCCAUGAACAACCACUACAUGGGUAGUAGCUACAUGACAAACGGAUACAUGGCCAACCAGAAUUACCUGAGCGACCCGAACUACAACAUAGGAAACCAGAACUACAUGAACACCCCCAACUACAUUAAUGAUACAAACUACGUGCGAAACAGGAACUACUUGGGCACACAGAAUUGCCCGAACUAUAUGAACGGUUCGAGUUACAUGAACGAUGCCAAUUACGUCAGCGACCCGACCUACCUUAACAACCCAAACUGCAUGAACACCCCCAACUACCUUAACAAUCAUAACAACAUGAACCACCAGAACUGCAUGAACAACAACCCUGGAUAUGUAAACAACCCGAAUUAUAUGAACAACCCCAAUUAUAUGAACACCCCAAAUUAUAUGAAUGACGGAUACCUCCAUGAUAUGUACAUGAAUAACACUUAUAUGAAUGGGGGAAAUACGUACUACUAUGACCCCAUGUAUGGCAACUACCCUAACGAAAAUAACCACCACUACUUCAACGAAGGUAAUAAGUAUAUCAAACAAUAG